AAUCUAUCCGGAAGACAACAAAAAAUUUCUUUAGAAAUUGUGAUUUUCUGAGUGUUCAUGUUGUAACAGAAGCGCCGGCGAAAACCCUAGUUAGUCCCUACCAUUCAUCACAUCACACACUCCUCGCAGGCUAAUCUUUCUGUCUACAUAAUCAAUGGCUGAUGGUGAAUCAGACAAGAAUAUCGAGAUAUGGAAGAUCAAGAAGCUGAUCAAAGCACUGGAAGCUGCAAGAGGUAAUGGUACUAGCAUGAUUUCUCUGAUUAUGCCUCCGCGCGAUCAAAUAUCUCGUGUAACUAAGAUGUUGGGAGAUGAAUUUGGUACUGCUUCAAAUAUCAAGAGCAGGGUAAACCGACAAUCUGUGCUGGGAGCUAUAACUUCUGCUCAACAGAGGUUGAAACUUUAUAAUAAGGUUCCUCCAAAUGGAUUGGUUCUUUAUACUGGUACCAUUGUCACUGAUGAUGGCAAGGAAAAGAAAGUGACAAUUGACUUUGAACCUUUCAAACCAAUCAAUGCGUCACUUUAUCUCUGUGAUAACAAAUUUCACACAGAAGCUCUAAAUGAACUUCUAGAAUCUGAUGACAAGUUUGGUUUUAUUGUUAUGGAUGGAAAUGGAACCCUUUUCGGGACUUUAAGUGGAAAUACUCGUGAGGUGCUUCAUAAAUUUACCGUUGAUCUGCCAAAGAAACACGGUAGAGGAGGGCAGUCAGCUUUGCGUUUUGCUCGUCUUCGCAUGGAAAAACGGCACAAUUAUGUUAGGAAGACCGCAGAGCUUGCUACUCAGUUUUUCAUCAACCCUGCCACUAGUCAGCCUAAUGUUGCCGGACUCAUACUUGCCGGUUCGGCCGACUUCAAGACCGAGCUGAGUCAGUCUGAUAUGUUCGAUCCUCGUUUGCAAGCAAAGAUAUUGAAUGUGGUUGAUGUUUCCUAUGGUGGGGAAAAUGGCUUUAAUCAAGCAAUUGAAUUAUCAGCAGAGAUUCUAUCUAAUGUGAAGUUCAUACAAGAGAAGCGCUUGAUAGGAAAAUAUUUCGAAGAGAUAAGCCAAGAAACCGGGAAAUAUGUUUACGGGGUUGAUGACACAUUGAAGGCACUGGAGAUGGGAGCUGUUGAAACACUCAUUGUAUGGGAGAAUUUGGAUAUUAAUAGAUAUGUGCUGAAAAAUGCUACCACCAGUGAGAUUGUCAUAAAGCACAUGAACAAGGAACAAGAAGGUAAUCAAAGCAACUUCCGCGAUGCAGCCACCUCGGCCGAGUUAGAGGUUCAGGAGAAGAUGCCACUACUUGAGUGGUUUGCGAACGAGUAUAAGCGAUUCGGAUGCUCACUGGAAUUUGUGACCAACAAAUCUCAAGAAGGGUCACAGUUUUGCAGAGGGUUUGGUGGUAUUGGAGGUAUGCUUCGCUACCAGCUUGACAUAAGAUCAUUUGAUGAGUUGUCUGAUGAUGAUGGAGUGUACGAGGAUUCUGAUUAAGCAUGUGUUAUUCUAGCGCUUUUCAUUGAUUUUUGUUUGUUUUGGAUAGUUGCAUUGGAUGAAUGACUAUCACCAAAUUACACAUUACUUGGAUUUUAAUUUAUGGCACAGAGACUCGGUCCUUUGUUGUUAUAUUGCAUUUGUAUUUUUUUUCACUUUUA